GAACCGGUAGAACUGUAAAGCAUCAGCAUUUACUAUAGUAAACUUUUAUUUCGUAUAGCUAUAACCAAACAACGAACGUUGUAGCAAUAUUAUGUGUAUAAAGUACAAUACGUGACGUUUUCUUCAGUUUUAUUUUAAUUUGAAAAAAUUAUGCAAAGUAACACAACUGAAGAAACAAACAAUGAAAAUGAUAAAUUUUUGGGAAAAUGGCCCUACAGAUUUAAUUCCGCGUUUGCAUAUCUGGGAUGUACCAUUGGUAUUCUCAACAUUGACAGAUUUUCCAUAUAUAGCGUUCAAUAUGGAGCCAAUUUUAUUAUACAGUUCCUAAUAAUGUCACUGAUUUUUGGCAUUCCUUUAUUCACACUUCAAGUAUGCCUUGGUCGAGGAUUUAAAGCAGGAAUAUUACAAAUAUGGAAAAUAUCACCAAUUUUUCAAGGAUUAGGUGUUGCUUUACUUUUAGUUCACAUUUACAUAGGAAUCUAUAAUAUAAUUGGAGUAUCUUGGUUGCUCGUCUACUUUAGAGAUUCAUUUAUAUCAAAUCAUGAAACAUAUCCUUGGGCUAAAGAAUUUAUGUUGAACAGAAAUGAUUUUAAUAUAGGAAAAAAUUCUACGCAAAAUGAAGUGACUCAACUACCAUUUACUUUUUUUAAUCAUCCUGUUCUGUACAAUAAAGACUUAAAUCAGGAGGAUUUCUCGGCAACAAUAUUAAGAUUUCAAAUUGCGUUUAACUUAGCAGUAUUGUGGAUUGUGAUUUUUUUCUCACUAUCUAAAGGUUUACAUUCUUAUGGUAAAGUUAUAAUCUACUACAUAUCAAUUUCAUUACUUUGUAACUUUCUUGUUUGCAUCAAAGUUCUUAAUUUAAUACCACAAGAUUCUUCCGAUAAAUCAUAUUCUACUGAUAUUUGGAGUGGAUUUUUUUUUAAUUAUCAGUCUUGGAUUGCUGCCACGACAGAGGCAUUUCUUACUUGGGGUUUGUUGGGUGCAGCUACCAUGCAGAUUGCUGUUCAUAAUAGAGACAAAAGUUUUGUGAAAAGAGACAUUUUGUUUGUUGUACUUUUUACAAUGCUAAUGUUGUUUCUCAAUGCAUUUAUAGCAAAUAAUUGCGUCAAGGUCCUUAAUCUCUAUGGAUAUAAUUUUAUAAAAGCUGAUGGCGAAAAAAUAAAUGACAUAAUUGUAAAGAAUACAAAUUAUGCAUCAAGUAAUACAUCACGUACUUCAUUUCUUCUCGAAAAAAUAUUUCAAUCUAAUAAAAAUUCAAUAAAGAAAUCCAGCAACCAUGUUUUAAAAUAUUCAACGGAACUAGUUCCAUUAACAAUAGCUUUCUUAGGAAAUCAAUAUUUUACACCUUUUUGGACAAUUUCAUUCUAUUUCGCGCUAAUACUUAUUGGAUUGAGUCAACAGCUGGCAAUUUGGAAUUGUGUAAUAAUGAAUAUUUCAUCUGUGAUUAAAAAGAAAAAUAAAAGUUUCAAUAUACAAUUGGUAUUCUUAAGUUGUCUCUGUGGAUUUUGUUUGGGAAUUAUGAUGACAACUGAAUUGGGUAACAACUCUGUUUAUUAUUUGGAAAAUGUGAUUGACAAAAGUUGGUGGGUCAUAAUCUUGUAUUUAAUGCAGUGCGGAGUAGUUUUUCUAGUCAGAAGAGAUCUUUGUAACGUGUUAUUAUCCACCGUAAUAUUUUCAUCAACAAACAAAUGUUUUCAGAAUUUUAUAGGCUCUGUAUUGACCUUUUCAUGGAAUAUCAUUUUACCUACUGUUCUUAUGGUAUUAAGUAUUGUUAUUUUCAAGAGCAAUGGUUUAGGGGAACAUUAUUUAAAUCAGAAAAUAUACAAAUCUUAUUGGACUGUUUGGGCAAAAGAAAUAGGAAUAACAAUUCAAUUAUUACCAUUAUUAAUCGUUGCAGGAGUGGCAAUUAUACAAAUAGGUCGUUAUCUUUAUAGUGGUCCACCAAGUAUUUGUAAAAGACUCCAAUUGCUGUGCAGACCGCCAUUGGAAUUUGACUUUGAUAAUAAUGUAGAAGAUUGUGAAAGCAAUGAAGUAACGUCAAAUAUUAGAGAAAAUGAAGGGUUUCAAAGUGUAACAAAUUUAAUAGUAGAAGAUUCGCCACCAAAAUAUACUCCACCCCCAAGUUAUUCUACAGCAACUGGAGAAAGGAUGGCUAAAUUUUUAAGACGUAGUUUUAGAAAAAGUAUACGAAGUAUAGGAAAAAUUUUAAGAGAAAGUAAUGAUUCAAAUCCAAAAUCGACGUCAAAUUCUUCACAAGCAGAAAAUAAAAUUUAGUUAAGAAAAUUAUAGUAAUUUAUUAAUAUAAAAUUUAGAAAUUAUGAUAACAAAUUUUAUAAACUGUAAAUAAAGUAAAAAAAUGUUUAAAAUUUAUAAA